AUGGCGUCUUUGAGCUGGUCAUACCCACGAGCGCUCCACGAGAGAAUGAUUUUCUUCACGGAAGGUGAGCUGGCGGAGGCGAAGGAAAAACAAGAUCGGGGUUCUGGCUACGAGGACGACUCGCAGGAUGACGACUGGUACCCCAUUCCUCCGCCCCCGGUUCGGUAUCAAAUAAUGAGCUUGAGCCAAUCUGACCGCGGCAUCCUCGGAACGAAUCUGGCCGGUGCAGAGAUUUGCCUGGUGCCCAAGGAGCACCUGCCCACAAAGCUGACAGCGCAGUGCUUGCUGGAGCUGGUGGCCAACUCACUGGGCGCUUCCGUCCAAGAGAUGGCACUCAUGCGUGAAGUUGGUGGCAGCAACCUCGCCGGCGAUGAGCCCAUCGACGAAGUUGAUACACUCGUGGUGAAGCAGGCUGUGGGAGAGGCCGACGGCACCCGGCCAGUUGUUUGCCAGAGGGCUCAAGGAGAGUACUUCGAGCCCAGCCUAGGCGAGGGGUCGGUGGAUAUUAACUUGGAGGACUUGCCGCAAGAUGGCUGCAUCCAGGCCAUCAAGGAGAAUCGCCCAUUUGUCACCGACAGCAAAGGAGAGAUGUGUUGGCACGCGUACUCCAGAACUCAGGUCGUCACCUACCGGACAGGCCGUGAUGAAAUGCUGAAACCUUUGGGCUACUUUCCCCUGCAGCCUGCCUGGAAGCUUCCCCUCACUGCCCGGCAGAGCGGCGGCUUUCGCUGCGAUGUUUGGAGUGCUUCUAUCACUCUGCCCCGCAUCAAGGAGUUGCUUGACAAGCACGCCCUGCUGACAAAUGACAGGCCCAUCCCGCGGUAUCAGAUGAUUGUGGAUCCCAACCAGUUUGUGCAGCCUACCCCAGCCGGGCCGGUUUGGGUGCCCUGUGAGUUUGACGUGGCGCCAGACGGCUCCGUAGCCUUGGUUGGAGGCGAGCGUGGGCAUGAGUAUCCACAGCUGGCGAGGGAGGUGGCCGCUCCCGUUCUGGCGGCCGCCGUGCCGUUGCUGGCGAAGCUGCGGCGGCCCCAGCUGCUGCUGGAGGACCAACGCCUGCAGGCGGUUUUCAAAGCCCAGCGCAUCAUCGUGCCUGGGGCUGCUGGUGACUCUGCAGACGCAGAGUAUUUGGGCCUGUGGCACGUGGACGGGCACCGGGAGCGGGUAGUGGCCGUGGUCCUCUACUACUAUCAUGUCGAUGAGUCCCUGAGCGGGGGUGACAUGGAGUUCUGUGGCCGCGAGCCCAUGGAUGUUCUGGGCUACGGUGACUGCAGUAAUAACUAUGAGCAGUUUGAUGCCGGUAGCCUGCGACAGGCUUUCCGGGAGGGGCCGGAGACGAUAGUUCACAAUUGCCGAGUGCCCAUUGGCAACGGCACACUGCUGGUGUUCUCCAACUAUCAGAUGGCCCAUCGCGUGCUCCGCAUGGUGAAUAGCAGCAAGACAGAGGCAUCCCGGGACUUCGUUGCGCUCUUUGUGCUGGAUCCGGCAUUCCCACCCUUGAGGCCUGCUAAAAGCGUUCUGGCGCAGUCCUACUUGACCUCGCGGGCCUUGAAGCCUUUGGCACCUGCCGUGGGCCGCAUCCUCGAGUACGCAGGCACAAAACAAAGUGGCAGGACCUUGAAGGCCCAGCGGAACCUUUUGCUGAAAGAGCAGCUCCAGCCUACAGGUGAGUUCUGUGGCGGCAGCAACGUGCAUGCCACGGGCAAUGGCUGCUACACGAUGGUUGGUUGGCUGCACAAACUCUUGGAGGAGGACGAUGAGUGGCUGGAGCUUUUGGAAGAUUGGAAUGGCCACAAGUGGCUAAGCGCGUUGAACGUACCCGCAAAAAAGCAUGAUCGCGGCAUGUCCGAAGUCUUCUCAUUGGACGAAGCGGAGGUGACCCAGAGACUGAAGGAGUUUGGCGACCAACUGACCCAUGACAGUACAGGUCUCGAUUCCGGCACAUCCACUGCUGGAAAAUGA